AUGGCCUCGAUGUGCCUCGUCAUAUCGAAUAUGCGACUCUACAUCAGAGUUUGUACGGAUGCCAUCAAAAACGCGAGAGAUGAGGAAGUCAGAGUCACCGAGGAGCUCCGCGAGGAACUCCUCGUUUGGCUUAAAUCCAAAUACAUCACGAAAACUAGAUCGUGGCUUGAGCCGGGCGUCGUGGCGGCGAAAACAGUGAUUUCAACCGACGCCUCCAGCUUCGCUGGAGGUAUCGUAAUAAACGAUCUCGGCAUAAACGAAACCAUUACUUGGUCCGAAGGAGAUGCCAUAGCUCGGUCGGCGAUCCACUUGAAGGAGGCGUGGGAAUCUUAG